CGUUAUGUUAAGUCAGAGCCAAAACAGUCCCAGCCGUGUACUGAGGCUCUGUUGAAGUCUAUGUAUGGUUAGCAAAGGAGAGGGUUGUUCUUACUAAUUCAUCCAUUGUAUAGAAGAGUCGCAUUUCUUCCUCCCAGGUACCGAGCACUCCUAGAUGUCAGUAUUAACACAUGCUAAACCUAGUACUCACUGACCGACAUGCUAUGUGGCGGGCCUGUUUGUACCUAGUUGCCCCUGUUAGUGUAACGAUACAGCGCUGCGUAAUGCCCCAUAAGUAGCCGCUGCCUGCGUAAGCGCGUCCAAAGACAAUAAACGAGUUAGGUGGAUAAUUGGAACCAUUUCUAUUAACUGAGGCAUUAUUGAUACACUGUGGCCAACCAACGCCAGUGGAUAAUUUCGUUGAAUUAACUAGCCAACACUACAUCAGGAUGGGAGCUGCUCUAGCAGUAAUCCCAGCUGCGCAGCUGGCAUGUUGCUUCGGCUCGACGGCCUGUUCGCUGUGCUGCGGUGCCUGCCCUACCUGCCGCAACUCGACAUCGACGAGGAUCAUGUACGCAUUGAUGUUGGUGGCUACCACAAUUACGGCUGCCAUUAUGUUGUCACCUGCUUUAUCGGACUGGUUGCAAAAAGUACCAAAGUUGUGUACCUCAUCGAACAUCUGCAAAGACGUCGUUGGCUAUCUGGCGGUGUAUCGGCUGAUGUUCGCACUAACAAUGUUUUUCAUUCUGAUGGCUGUCAUAAUGAUCGGUGUACGGACAUCGAAAGAUGGUCGAGCCGGUCUACAAAACGGCUUUUGGGGCAUUAAAUAUGUCGUUCUUAUAGGAUUCAUGGUGGGAUCAUUCUACAUGGGCGACGGCGAAAGCUUUGGCCAAGUCUGGAUGUACUUCGGUAUGAUCGGUGCCUCGUUAUUCAUUCUCAUCCAAUUAAUUUUGAUUAUCGACUUUGCACACGGCUGGGCCGGUAACUGGGUUAAACAGUUUGAAGAAAACGAAUCACGUGGCUGGUACUGCGCUCUCCUUUCGGCUACGUUGGGAAUGUACGCUCUGACAAUCACCGCGAUUACGCUAUGCUUCGUCUUCUAUACGACCAGUGAUGCCUGUAGCUUGCAGAAGUUCUUCAUCAGUUUCAAUCUGAUUCUCUGCGUUAUUAUCUCUGUACUGUCAGUUCUUCCAAGUGUUCAGGAACGUCAGCCGACCUCUGGUCUCCUGCAGGCUAGCGCGGUGAGUCUGUACAUCAUCUACUUAACAUGGUCCGCCUUGACCAACUCCGGGGAAGUGGCAUGUAUGCCUCCACCGGUCAUCACCGCAAAGGGCAACAAGUUUGAUCUCCAGAGCAUCAUUUCACUUAUCAUCUUUGCCGGCUGCGUUCUCUAUUCGUCGAUCAGAAACUCUUCAAAUACUCAGGUAGGGAAGCUGACAGGAAUCAGCGACAACGAUGAGGCUGAGAAAGGAAUUCGCUCAGGUGGAGUCAGUGGCGAUGCUAAGGUGUGGGAUAAUGAAGAAGAUGGUGUGGUUUACUCUUGGUCGUUCUUCCAUCUAAUGUUUGCUCUAGCCACCCUUUAUGUGAUGAUGACGCUGACCAACUGGUAUCAACCUGGUGAUGUGACGCUGAGCAAAAACCUUGUUGAGAAUCCUGGCUCAAUGUGGGUGAAAAUUAUCUCGUCAUGGGUGUGUGCCGCGCUUUAUUCAUGGACCCUUCUGGCACCGCUGGUCCUUCGAGAUCGAGACUUCUCCUAAAAAGUACGUUCGACAAAAAUCAAAAUCACUCACUCCUCGAGGAACUUAAUAUGCGGCCUCGCUUGUCAACAGUGAUACGAUCAACGACAAUUUAAACAAAAGUACUGCCGUUUUACGACACUUUUAGGCAGCCGUUUAAAAGGUUUAGCAGUUUAUUCUUUGCUUAAAAGAAAAACAAACCUAUAGUUAAAACAGUCUCACUGCGGUCCCUGAACCAGCUACCAGCAUUUUUCACGUGCUUAUAAAACCGUGUUAGCUGCGUAAAUGUCCGAUUGAUAACGAUAAGCAACCAAAUCACUUGUAUCCUGUGCGUGUUAAUGGAAUCACAAGUUGGGAACUUAUAAUAUCUAGAAUGACUAUAUCUACAUCUGUAUAAUGUCCCCUUAUCCUAAUGAGAAGAUGGUUCAGCUUUGUUUUUUUUUGUUUGUUUCUAUAUUUGCCCAUGUAGUGGCAUUCGUGGCAGAUAAUCGUACCAAUACAGCUGGUUUUAGGUAUAGACGUGGCAUCCUUUUUGCGUGAAGCGCGGUUUAUCAACAAACCGCCACCUAUAAGGAGAUAGUACCUUUUCCUUUGGCAAACUGUGCAUUGUUGUAUUUAGCAUUAUGCGUUCGCUUAUAAUUACUAGGUAAAUAAUUCAUGCACGACAACUGUGAGGCACUCAAAAAGGGAGUUGUGAAGUGGAAAGAAAUGCAAAGCACUGAGAACAGAUAGGUCGAACAGGAAGCUGGAAGAACCGACAGAAAUUGACCUUUGAUGUUUUUUCAAUAGUUUUUUGCUCGGUAGGGGAAAUUAGCAGCUUGUGAUCUGAAAACCGGACGUAUUCCUAUACCGAGCAAGUAUAAAUUAAGAUCAGUCCUACGGUGAAGGCUGACGCAAAUCUGAAUUUCAUAAACGAAUGCCGUAAUCUCUCUAUAGAAGUACAAGUUUCUAGUAUUCAGGUUUUGCGCUGUGACUAUUAUGGUGGAGCCGUAUCUAGUAGAAUAUGUCUAGGACAUUUUAAAUAUAUUGGAUUUUUGAGUCUAGACUGAAUUUAAACUGCUACAUUUAAUAGCACUUAUGAGAUGGUAUUGUCGUCAUAUUUCAACUCGUAGUACCUUUUUUUACUCUUCUCAGGCUACGCUUAGAUUUAAUUAUUGUUUUAAAUGAACUGGUGAAAACAAUGAAAAUCAUUGACUUAUUGAGAAAAGUAUUCAACACUUUUUUACAGCUUUACUUCUGCGUGCAGCUAUUAACUCCCAUUCUUUCUGUCUUCUUUAUAAAUGCUUGAAAAAACCGUAGUUGAUUACAAGGUUAGUACAUAUUUGAGACAGUCCCGUGCAGCAGCUCUUGAGUAUUAUUCGAGGUGUUGGCGGGUGUAAAACACUCUGCCUAUCUCGAGCCAGACGGUUUUCCAGUGACGGUGUAUCUGGAAUGGCUGAUGAAAAACAAGACAGUUUUGUAGCUUCACUGUUGGAACAGUGAGGUACCACGUCAUCAGUGAACGAUCAAUUCGAUAAUCACUGCUUAGCCAAACGAAAAUGCGCGUCUAAUGUUUUUCUCUCUUUUUCAUUUAUUACAUGGAUAUAGAGUGGAUACCAAGUGACAAACAAAGUGUAGUUGACGGGACACUCAGAUAUUUUUUUGAGAGUAGUGACAGCUUUGAUGGUAUUUGAUAGGUAUUGUGAUAUUAUUAUUAUACGCAUAAGUGUUUAGCAACCAUUUUUGGGUGCACAACAGCGCUAUCUGUCACUUGUAUUAUUAUUAAUAAAUACAAAUGGCAAAAAUAAAGAACAAACUUAUUGUCUAUGUUAAUAAGCACAACAGAAGCGAAACUGGAUGGUGUAUUUUUUUGCUGCAAGGUUUACUUAUAUAUAUAUAUGUACGGACUAAACCUUCACAUUGCUUGCCUGAUGUGCACCAGUGAUGUAGUAUAUCCAUGUAAGUCGAAUAAUAUUUAAUUUAUGACACUAUGAAAUUGGAUCGAGCAACCUUUGCUGCCAUAAAAUUAACUUUUGUCAUCGUGAAGGUCUCUGUGAAGAACUCGCGUUAUCUACCAAGGAAUACGAAACUCAUCUAUAUGAGUUUCAUAAUAAAUUGA